CCAAGGCCCCCCAAAUUCUUGGAUUUUGUAGGGACUUCAAAGCCACCGCAAGGGCUGCUGGUUCCCGACAGGGAUGAAGGGUUGACGAGGCGGGCAAGGCGGAAUGGUGCUGUUGGUCUGUCACACUUUCGAGUCAUGGCGAGUCUGGUCCCAGGGGCUCGUCCGGGAUCUUGUUGAUAGCGUCUUUGUAGUGCAAUACCACGAUGCGACGAGGCGACCGGAUCGCUUGGAAUUGUGCAAUCAAUGUUGCCAUCCAAGUUCCGUCUGAUUUAAUAAGGCAACGAGCGACGCCCCAGUUGAAUUGCUCAAUUGUUGCCUCCUGCACAAAUGCGACUUCCCAAGAGGCAACCCGCCAGACUGAACACUCAACAGCUGAAACCAAAUGCGAACCUUUUCCAUCGGAUUCACAUCAAAUUGCAUCAUGGUGGAUGUGUGAUCAGUGGCACCCCCUCGGAUCCAGGGGUGCGCUGAGCCAUUGGGGGUUUGUGAAGAAAUGGCUGAGCUCCUUCGGUUCAAUUCACAAAGCUCUCGAAUUACGAGUAAAGAUUCAAACAGGAUAUCCUGUUCAUUACGAACAGCAUUUGGAGAAAUCAUGUUCGGCAACAUCAACCCACGAUUUCCCCGAUAGCGGUAAAAACCAGCGUCAAGCAUCGGACACUCAGGAGGUCUCUCUAAAGUGCUACGUCCAUUGUCACCUCUGAUUAUUUUUUCUUCCUUUCCGCACCUGAGAAGUGGCUGGACUUAAGACAGCCGGUUGGCGACAGCGUCCACUUUUUACCCAC